UAUCAAAAUAUUUUCGGAGAAAAAUAGAAUUUGUUUUGGAAUUUGGAGCUAAGUACUAUGGAUUGUGCAUUUACUACUACUCACAAUGCAGUAUCUGCCACAGCAAUAACCAAUUUCUAUUCAUCGAAAAAAUCUUCAAAUUUCAGAUUUUUCACUGUUAAAUGUUCGAAUAAUCUUUCUGCAGGGGCUGCAGGUCUGGUUGAAAGACCUUGGAAGGUAGCAGAUGCUAGACUUGUUCUUGAGGAUGGUUCAAUUUGGAAGGCAAAAUCAUUUGGUGCUCGUGGAACCCAAGUUGGAGAAGUGGUUUUUAAUACCUCGUUAACUGGGUAUCAGGAGAUACUUACAGAUCCCAGUUAUGCAGGCCAGUUUGUCUUGAUGACUAACCCUCAUAUCGGGAAUACUGGGAUCAAUUUUGAUGAUGAAGAAUCGGUGCAGUGCUUUCUUGCAGGAUUAGUCAUUAGAAGUUUAAGUAUCAGCACGUCAAAUUGGAGAUGCAAAGAGACACUUGGUGACUAUUUGGCUGAAAGGAACAUCAUGGGUAUAUAUGAUGUCGACACUCGAGCAAUUACGCGAAGAUUGAGAGAAGACGGAAGCCUCAUUGGAGUCUUGAGCACAGAAGAUUCAAAAAGCGACGAAGAACUUCUCAAAAUGUCCCGUACAUGGGAUAUUGUAGGUGUGGAUCUAAUCAGUGGUGUUUCAUGCAAAUCUCCUUACAAAUGGGUUGAUAGAACUGGCUCAGAUUGGGAGUUUAACAAUAAUGGAAGAAGUAAAGAAACUUUCAACGUCGUUGCAUAUGAUUUUGGAAUCAAGCAUAAUAUACUUCGGCGCUUAGCAUCAUACGGCUGUAAAAUCACUGUUGUUCCUUCAACAUGGCCAGCGUCUGAAACACUAAAGAUGAAACCUGACGGGGUUCUUUUCAGCAACGGGCCAGGAGAUCCCUCUGCAGUUCCCUAUGCAGUUGAAGCUGUAAAAGAACUUAUCGGAAAAGUUCCAGUUUUUGGCAUUUGUAUGGGUCACCAGUUGCUUGGUCAAGCAUUGGGGGGUAAGACAUUCAAAAUGAAAUUUGGUCACCACGGAGGAAACCAUCCAGUCCUAAACCUUCGAAAAGGCUGUGUUGAGAUCAGUGCCCAGAAUCACAACUACGCUGUUGACCCCGAGUCUCUUCCAGAAGGUGUAGAGGUGACUCAUGUAAAUUUGAAUGACGGAAGCUGUGCUGGUCUUGCCUCCUCUAAAAUGAAGCUGAUGUCACUUCAAUACCAUCCCGAAGCAUCUCCAGGGCCUCAUGAUUCAGAUACUG